GUGAGGGGUGAACACGUAAACAUCACUCAAGAUGAUGCAGCUCAGCGGACGCGUGGUGGCGGUGGUGCUGCUGGCGGUGGCACUUGUACAAGCUGAGCCUUCCUUCAGGAGACGACAGCGCUGCUACCCGAUAACCAAAUACGUCACGCAGUACCAGACGCAGUACAGCGAGGUACCGGUUUACCACACACAGUACGAGACCAGGGUCGUGCCCACCACACUCUACCAGACCCAGUACCAGACCCAGUACCAAACCCAGUACGAAACCCAAUAUGUCCCGCAGUACGUCACCCAGACCCAGUACCAGACCCAAGUCCAGUACGUCACCAAGUACCAGACCCAGUACCAGACCCAGUACGUGCCUCGCUACGUCACCUCCACCCAGUACGUGCCGCAUUACGUCACCGAAACCCAGUACCAGACCCAGUACGUGACACAGACCCAGUACCAGACGGUGUAUUCGACCGAGUACCGCCCCCAGUACGUCACCACCACCCAGGUACAGUACCAGACCCAGUACCAAACCCAGUACCAGACCCAGUACCAGACCGUCACACAGACCCAGCAGUCCUACGUGACGGUGUGUCCCAAGCCCUCCUACGGCAGCGGCUACUCUUCCAAUGAUUCUUCAAGCCAUUCCUCAAAGGCACUGCAGUCAUCCUUCAAGAGCUUUGAGUUAUCCUUCAAGGCAUUCUUCAUCCUUCAGGGACUUAAGAGUUAUUCUUCAAAUGAUUCAAGAUCCUUCGAGCACUUAUGUCAUUCCUUCAGCACCUCCAGUCAUCCACGCACCCCACGAAGGAUAACAAACACCAGCAAGUCCUUCUCAAGCUUUCUAAUUACACUGCAUCCCAUCAGCUCUUUCACACUCCACAUUAUAAACACACUCCUCCACUUCACCUCUACUCUCCCUCACCACCUCCACAACACCUCCACAACACCACAGCACCCACCAAUCGCACCCACAACCUCACUUUCUAUUCCCAUCCUCCUCCCGAUCAGGAGAUUCAAAAGUAAACAACACCUCGAGAUGGCGUUCUUCAACCUUCGCGUGGUGGCGGUGCUGCUGGCGGUGGCGGUGGUGACAGUGGAGCCAAGUCUGCGCAGGCGUCAACGGUGCCACCCGCAGGUCAAGUACAUCACGCAGAUCGAGACGAAGUACCAGGAGGUACCGGUGGAAAAGGUGGUGUACCAGACAAGGGUCGUGCCCACCACCGUCUACCGCACCCAGGUGAAGACACAGGUGGAGGAGAAGUACGUCACUGUCACCAAGACCCAGCAGACCUACAGAACGGUGUGCCCCAAGCCUUCCUAUGGCGGGUACGGCGGCCGCUAGACACUCACUCUCCUGCAUCUGCCACAUGAGGGACCACCACCACCACCACCACCACCACCACUACCACUACCACCACCACCACCACCACCACCACCACCACCCUUAAUGCAGGUGUUGGUACAGUCAGGGUUAGAAAUUCAGUAGUCAAUCUGUUGCACUCAAUUCUACUGUUUUUUUUUUUUUUUAAGUUUUUUUUUUUCAGUCUUAAUCCAUUCAUUACUAUCAUCACUUCCUGAACCCUUUAACUC